AUGACAACUAAUGAGCCGCCUAAAGUACAUAUGACGCCAUUUUUUGUUUUUUUUUUUUCAGUACUUUCGGUAUGUUCGUCGGUCAUAAAAUUCAACGAAUAUCUAACAGACGCUGGAAAUAAUAUAUCAAUCCCGUGCUUGGCCCGCGGUUCCAUCAUGUGGGUAAAAGAAGAAUGCAAUGAAACAAAAGAAUUUGUGCGCGGUUCGGAUUUACGAAUCUACAAUAUACAACCGAGCGAUGCUGGCACAUACGUUUGCCUUGUCAGUCCCGAUGAAUCGGAAUUAACGCGAGUGGGAGAUGAUGACGAUUCAAAUGAAAAAAUAACGGAUAAUAGUUUUCUUGAGGGCUUAACGAUUGUGCUUAAGGUGCGAUCGGUACCCGGUCCAGUUAGUAAAUUUAGCGUUCGAUUAUCAACAAUUAUAGGCAUUUUAAUGUGGGAAUAUCCAUCAAAUCGUUCCGGUGGUUAUCCGGUCAAAAGUUUCACCGCAGAAUUUCGCAAAUAUUUUGACGUAGAUGAAUCAAAUAUAACGACACAACUGUGGCAUCGAUUAGACCCACAAAAUAUUCCAUCGAAUGUGCGUUAUUUUGAGGUGUAUCAUUUGAUUCCGAAUACAACUUACGAAUUCCGUUUGUGGGCAAACAAUUUUUUGGGCUCCGGGGAAGCUGUCACAAUCUCUGCGACCACAUUGAGUCAAUUAAGCGAUGCAAAUAUUUUGAAUAUAAUUUUAAAAGAUGUUAAAGAUUUCGAUCCGACAGUUUGGAUGUAUGCCGUCACAUUAAGCGUAAGCGCAUUGGUUGUGUUAGGUCUCACGUUGUGUAUAUUAUUGCUGCGCGAUCAUUAUCUCGAAAUGGAGGAAAAACGUUUGCGAGAAGAAGAUGAAUGGGAAACAAUUGGUAUAAUACCAAACAUAAUAUUGAAUCCUGGUUUCUUGGAGCCCGAAGAUCCCAACGAUCCAUCACCACCAUACACGCGAACCAUUAUCUUUGGCGAAGAUGUACUGAGUACAAGUGAAAGUGGCAGCGAAGAAGAGGAGCCAAUAUCGUUCAAACGGAAAUUUUCCUUAUUUUUCACCGGCGACACGAUCAAACGUCUUUAGAUAUAUUUCUUUUUUAUUCGAAACAAUCGAAUAAUGCAAUUUUCUAUUGGGCGUGCUUGAUGACAUCCAAGUUCCUCCAAUAAUGAACGUGAAGCAGAACAGUACAAAUUGCCAUAGGGACUCAGUAAAGGGAUAAGAAUUGAUUUAAAAUAAAUAGUCAAUGUGAAGGUACAAAAUACGACUGGCUCAAGCUCAAGUGAUAGAAAAAUGGAUGUGUGAUCCGAGUAGAAUAUGGUGUGAAUUGCAUGACAGGAACCCACCUUAAAACAAAAAAAAAAUAGAGUAAAUGAUAUGUGAAUGCAAAUUAAAGCGAAUAAAUAUCGAAUUGUUAUUGCGAUGCUGUUAAAACAAGUUUAAAAUAAAAUUAUCAAUAAACAAUUAGACUCUUUACUAGCCAACAUCAUCAAAUACAAAAUGCAAUAAAGUGAUCGAUGGAGGCAGAUACAGAAAAAUUGCUAUAUUCGAAAAAUAAUAAUAAUAUUAUACUAUAGCUUACGAUUAACUAGAAAUAAAUGUCAAAAACGAUCAAUUGCAUCUUUACAUACAUACAUACAUACUCGAAGCAAUCAAUAAGAUCCAGACAGAAAAGAGUCGAAUUUGAUGCGAUUUUGCUAUAUAAAAACCAAAGAAUAGGGAAAUUUAUAAUAAAUAUAUUCCAUUUGCUUAUUAAAUUUUUUGUAAUUUACAGCACGAAGCACGAACUAUAAUUGCCUCACAAAGCCACAUACAUAUAUUAUGGUAGCGUCAUUGACGAUUGAAAUACAGAUUCAAUGAUUUACAUUUUAAAAGUUGCUUUGAAUUUUUAUGGAUUAAACAUAAUGGAAAUUUCAAACCAACAACAAAGAUAUUGUGAUAAGAAAUGCAUUUCAUAAAUUAAAUCGAAUUAGCUUCACGGCGGAAUGAGUCAAUUAAGAAUGAAUUCACUUUUCAUCAUGUGGCCAAUGAAAUGUGUAGACGAAAUUUAUGAUAUUCAAAUUAAUUGUCUCUGUGAUAUGCACUUUGGCUUCUUUUAGUUGACAAUUUGAACAAUACAAAUUGGCAUUAGGAAUACUUCUCUGUUUUUUCGGAACGAAGGUUAGUGAACUAUAUAUAGUUCUUUAGAGCAAUUUGUGAAGAAAAUGUCUUGCGUUGACUUUAUUUCUCACGCCGUUUUACAAACAUUUCAAAUUUCUUUUAAAAUUGUUGGUGCCUAAUAUUUUGCUUCUUCCAAUUUUUUGUUGAGAUUGUUUGAAUUAUACUAAUGUAGAGGUCAUAGAAUGCACUUAUUAUGAAUUGAUUGCCUCACACUCAAUCAUAUUGAUUAUUAUAGAAUUUAAAAAAAUACAAUAAUAAAUCGCAAAAAGCUAAACUAAUUAGAUCAUUUUACAAUAGCCUUUUAGAUACAAAAAAAUGAUAAAAAAAUCAAUAAACUAUACUAAACUAUACUAUUUAUAGAGAAUCAACUAUGCUUGAAAAACAGGAAACGACGCAAAAUGUUCACGCAUAAGUCGAUUUUAAAUGCGCGCUAAAUUUUCAUUUUGUUUGGUUAAUCGUGGAUUUUCAAGUCGAACACCACUUUUGUUCGAUGUAAAGAAAAUAUAUGCCUUAACAUUUUCGUCACGCAACGAGUUUUUGGUUUGAUUCGUUUUUUUUUUUU